GCCCGGGCCCAGCCGCCGUCCCGGCCUCGCGCUGCACAUUCUCUCCUGGCGGCGGCGCCACCUGCGGCAGCGUUCGCCCGAACAUGGCGACACGGAGCAGCAGGAGGGAGUCGCGACUCCCUUUCCUAUUCACCCUGGUCGCGCUGCUGCCGCCCGGGGCUCUGUGCGCGAUGUGGACUCAGACGCUGCACGGCGGCCGCGCACCCCUGCCCCAGGACCGGGGCUUCCGCGUGGUGCAGGGCGAGCCGCGCGAGCUGUGGCUGUGGGCGCGCGAGGGGCCCCGGGGGGCGGACGAGAAGCCGCUCCGGAGGAGACGGAGCGCUUCCCCGCAGCAGGAGCCCAUCAAGGUGUACGGACAGGUUAGCCUGAACGACUCCCACAAUCAGAUGGUGGUGCACUGGGCUGGAGAGAAAAGCAACGUGAUCGUGGCCUUGGCCCGGGACAGCCUGGCCUUGGCGAGGCCCCGGAGCAGUGAUGUGUACGUGUCUUAUGACUAUGGAAAAUCAUUCAAGAAAAUUUCUGAGAAAUUGAACUUCGGUGUGGGAAACAGCAGCGAAGCCGUAAUCGCCCAGUUCUACCACAGUCCGGCGGACAACAAGCGCUACAUCUUCGUGGAUGCUUAUGCCCAGUACCUCUGGAUCACAUUUGACUUCUGCAACACCAUUCAAGGCUUCGCCAUCCCAUUCCGGGCAGCUGACCUCCUCCUGCAUAGCAAGGCCUCCAACCUUCUCCUGGGCUUUGACAGAUCUCACCCCAACAAGCAGCUGUGGAAGUCGGACGAUUUUGGGCAGACCUGGGUCCUGAUUCAGGAACACGUGAAAUCCUUUUCUUGGGGCGUCGAUCCCUAUGAUAAGCCGAACACCAUCUACAUCGAGCGGCACGAGCCCUCUGGCUACUCCACAGUUUUCCGAAGUACAGACUUCUUCCAGUCCCGGGAGAACCAGGAAGUGAUUCUGGAGGAAGUCAGAGACUUUCAGCUCCGGGACAAGUACUUGUUUGCUACCAAGGUGGUGCAUUUCCUGGGCAGUCCAGAGCCGUCUUCUGUCCAGCUCUGGGUCUCCUUUGGCCGGAAGCCCAUGCGAGCAGCCCAGUUUGUCACAAGACAUCCUAUUAAUGAAUAUUACAUCGCAGAUGCCUCCGAGGACCAGGUGUUUGUGUGUGUCAGUCAUAGUAACAGCCGCACCAACCUGUACAUCUCGGAAGCGGAAGGGCUGAAAUUCUCCCUGUCCUUGGAGAACGUGCUGUAUUACAGCCCAGGAGGGGCAGGCAGCGACACACUGGUGAGGUAUUUUGCAAAUGAGCCGUUUGCCGACUUCCACCGGGUGGCAGGGUUACAAGGAGUCUACAUUGCUACUCUGAUUAACGGUUCUAUGAAUGAGGAGAACAUGAGGUCAGUCAUCACCUUUGACAAAGGCGGCACCUGGGAAUUUCUUCAGGCUCCAGCCUUCACAGGAUAUGGAGAAAAAAUCAAUUGUGAGCUCGCCCAGGGCUGUUCCCUCCACCUGGCCCAGCGGCUCAGUCAGCUGCUCAACCUUCAGCUUCGGAGAAUGCCCAUCCUGUCCAAGGAGUCCGCCCCUGGGCUCAUCAUUGCCACUGGUUCAGUGGGAAAGAACUUGGCAAGCAAGACCAACGUGUACAUCUCUAGCAGUGCAGGAGCCCGGUGGCGAGAGGCACUUCCUGGACCUCACUACUAUACUUGGGGAGAUCAUGGCGGCAUCAUCAUGGCCAUCGCCCAGGGCAUGGAAACCAAUGAGCUGAAAUACAGCACCAACGAAGGGGAGACCUGGAAAACAUUCAUCUUCUCUGAGAGCCCCGUGUUCGUGUACGGGCUCCUCACGGAACCCGGCGAGAAGAGCACUGUCUUCACCAUCUUUGGCUCCAACAAAGAGAAUGUCCACAGCUGGCUGAUCCUCCAGGUCAAUGCCACGGAUGCCCUGGGGGUUCCCUGCACGGAGAAUGACUACAAGCUGUGGUCACCAUCUGAUGAGCGGGGCAACGAGUGCUUGCUGGGGCACAAGACGGUUUUCAAGCGGAGGACGCCCCACGCGACGUGCUUUAACGGAGAAGACUUUGACCGGCCCGUGGUUGUGUCUAACUGCUCCUGUACCCGAGAGGACUAUGAAUGUGACUUUGGCUUCAAGAUGAGUGAAGAUCUGUCAUUAGAGGUCUGUGUUCCGGAUCCUGAGUUUUCUGGGAAGUCAUACUCCCCUCCUGUGCCUUGUGCUGUGGGUUCUACAUACAGGAGAACAAGAGGCUAUCGGAAGAUUUCUGGGGACACUUGUAGUGGAGGAGACGUUGAAACACGGCUGGAAGGAGAACUGGUCCCUUGCCCCUUGGCAGAGGAGAACGAGUUCAUCCUGUACGCCAUGCGUAAGUCCAUCCACCGAUAUGACCUGGCCUCGGGAGUCACUGAGCAGCUACCUCUCACUGGCUUGCGGGCGGCCGUGGCCCUGGACUUUGACUACGAGCAGAACUGCUUAUAUUGGUCUGACCUGGCCUUGGACAUCAUCCAGCGCCUCUGCUUGAACGGGAGUACAGGGCAAGAGGUGAUCAUCAAUUCCGGCCUGGAGACCGUAGAAGCCUUGGCAUUUGAACCCCUCAGCCAGUUACUGUACUGGGUGGAUUCUGGCUUUAAGAAGAUUGAGGUAGCUAAUCCAGAUGGUGACUUCCGACUCACGAUUGUCAACUCCUCUGUGCUUGAUCGGCCCAGGGCCCUGGUCCUCCUGCCCCAAGACGGGGUGAUGUUCUGGACUGACUGGGGGGAGCUGAAGCCUGGAAUUUAUCGGAGCAACAUGGAUGGUUCCGCUGUGCUGCGUCUUGUGUCUGAGGACGUGAAAUGGCCCAAUGGCAUCUCUGUGGAUGACCAGUGGAUCUACUGGACAGAUGCCUACCUGGACUGCAUCGAGCGGAUCACCUUUGAUGGCCAGCAGCGCUCCGUCAUCCUGGACAACCUCCCCCAUCCCUAUGCCAUCGCUGUCUUCAAGAAUGAAAUCUACUGGGACGACUGGUCACAGCUCAGCAUCUUCCGAGCCUCCAAAUACACUGGCUCUCAGAUGGCCAUUCUGGCAAGCCAGCUCACGGGGCUGAUGGACAUGAAGAUUUUCUACAAGGGGAAGACAACUGGAAGCAACGCCUGUGUGCCCCGGCCGUGCAGCCUGCUCUGCCUGCCCCGGGCCGACAACGGUAAGAGCUGCUGGUGUCCGGAGGGCGUGUCCAGCACUGUCCUCCCAUCUGGGGACCUGAUGUGCGAGUGUCCUCGGGGUUAUCGGCAGGAGAACAGCACCUGCGUCAAAGAAGAGAACACCUGCCUCCGUAACCAGUACCGCUGCAGCAACGGGAACUGCAUCAACAGCAUUUGGUGGUGUGACUUUGACAACGACUGUGGCGACAUGAGCGAUGAGAGAAACUGCCCUACUACCAUUUGUGACCUGGACACCCAGUUCCGCUGCCAGGAGUCCGGGACCUGCAUCCCCCUCUCCUACAAAUGUGACCUUGAGGACGACUGUGGAGACAAUAGCGAUGAAAGUCACUGUGAAAUGCACCAGUGCCGGAGUGACGAGUACAACUGCAGCUCGGGCAUGUGCAUCCGCUCCUCCUGGGUGUGUGACGGGGACAACGACUGCAGAGACUGGUCCGAUGAAGCCAACUGUACUGCCAUCUACCACACCUGCGAGGCCUCCAACUUCCAGUGUCACAAUGGGCACUGUAUCCCCCAGCGGUGGGCGUGCGAUGGCGACAUGGAUUGCCAGGAUGGUUCUGAUGAGGACCCGGUGAAGUGUGAGAAGAAGUGCAACGGCUUCCGCUGCCCGAACGGCACCUGCAUCCCCUCCAGCAAGCACUGCGACGGUCUCCGGGACUGCUCGGAUGGCUCCGAUGAGCAGCACUGUGAGCCCCUGUGCACGCGCUUCAUGGACUUUGUCUGCAAGAACCGCCAGCAGUGCCUGUUCCACUCCAUGGUGUGUGACGGGAUCGUCCAGUGCCACGACGGCUCCGACGAGGACACCGCCUAUGCAGGAUGCUCCCAAGACCCUGAGUUCCGCAAGGUGUGCGAUGAGUUCAGUUUCCAGUGCGAGAAUGGAGUGUGCAUCAGCUUGAUCUGGAAAUGCGAUGGCAUGGAUGACUGCGGCGACUACUCUGAUGAAGCCAACUGUGAAAGCCCCACGGAAGCCCCGAACUGCUCCCGCUACUUCCAGUUCCAGUGUGAGAAUGGCCACUGCAUCCCCAACAGGUGGAAGUGUGACAGGGAAAAUGACUGUGAGGACUGGUCCGACGAGAAGGACUGUGGAGAUUCACCCAUUCUUCCCUCCCCAACUCCUGGGCCCACCACGUGUCUGCCCAAUUACUUCCGCUGCAGCAGCGGGGCGUGCGUGAUGGACAGCUGGGUGUGCGAUGGGUACCGGGACUGUGCAGACGGCUCGGAUGAGGAAGCCUGCCCCUCGCCUGCAAAUGUCACUGCUGCCUCUACUCCCACUCAGCGCGGGCGCUGUGACCGGUUUGAAUUCGAGUGCCGCCAACCAAAGAAGUGUAUCCCCAACUGGAGGCGCUGUGAUGGCCACCAGGAUUGCCAGGAUGGCCAGGACGAGGCCAACUGUCCCACACACAGCACCUUGACCUGUAUGAGCAUGGAGUUCAAGUGUGAGGACGGCGAGGCCUGCAUCGUGCUCUCUGAGCGCUGCGACGGCUUCCUGGACUGCUCAGACGAGAGCGAUGAGAAGGGCUGCAGCGAUGAACUCACUGUAUACAAAGUACAGAACCUUCAGUGGACUGCUGACUUCUCUGGGAAUGUAACUUUGACCUGGAUACGGCCCAAGAAAAUGCCCUCCGCCUCUUGUGUCUACAACGUCUACUAUAGGGUGGUUGGAGAGGGCAUAUGGAAGACUGUGGAGACCCACAGCAAUAAAACAAGCACGAUAUUGAAAGUCUUGAAGCCAGACACCACGUAUCAGGUUAAAGUCCAGGUCCAGUGUCUGAGCAAGGUGCACAACACCAAUGACUUCGUGACUCUGAGGACACCGGAAGGAUUGCCAGACGCCCCUCGAAACCUGCAGCUGUCACUCCACAGAGAGGAAGAAGGCGUGAUUGUGGCCCACUGGGUUCCUCCCAUCCACACACAUGGCCUCAUUCGAGAGUACAUUGUGGAAUACAGCAGGAGUGCUUCCAAGAUGUGGGCGUCCCAGAGGGCUACCAGUAACUUCACCGAAAUAAAGAAUUUAAUGGUCAACGCUCCAUAUACCGUCAGAGUGGCUGCGGUGACUAGCCGUGGAGUCGGAAACUGGAGUGAUUCUAAAUCCAUUACCACCGUCAAAGGAAAAGUGAUCCCACCACCGGAGAUCAGCAUUGACAGCUACAGUGAGAAUUCUCUCAGCUUCACCCUAACCAUGGAUGGUGACAUCAAGGUGAAUGGCUAUGUGGUGAACCUCUUCUGGGCAUUUGACACCCACAAACAAGAGAAGAUCACUUUGAACUUCCGGGGGAGCAUCUUAUCACACAAAGUUACCAAUUUGACUGCUCAUACGUCUUAUGAGAUUUCUGCCUGGGCCAAGACUGAUUUAGGAGACAGUCCUCUGGCAUUCGAGCAUGUCAUGACCAAAGGAGUCCGCCCACCUGCUCCUAGCCUCAAAGCCAAGGCCAUCAAUCAGACUGCAGUGGAAUGCACCUGGACUGGCCCCAGGAAUGUGAUUUACGGCAUUUUCUAUGCUACAUCCUUCCUUGACCUCUAUCGCAAUCCGAAGAGCUUGACUACUUCACUCCAUAACAAAACAGUCAUUGUCAGUAGGGACGAGCAGUAUCUGUUUCUGGUGCGGGUGGUGGUGCCCUACCUAGGACCGUCCUCUGACUAUGUCGUGGUAAGGAUGAUCCCUGACAAUAGGCUCCCACCUCGUCACCUGCAUGCGGUUCACACCGGCAAAACCUCAGCUGUCAUCAAGUGGGAGUCCCCGUAUGAUUCUCCGGACCAGGACUUGUUAUAUGCAAUUGCAGUUAAAGAUCUAAUAAGGAAGAGCGACAGAAGCUACAAAAUAACAUCCCGCAACAGUACUGUGGAAUACACCCUUAACAAAUUGGAACCUGGAGGAAAAUACCACGUCAUUGUCCAGCUGGGAAACAUGAGCAAAGAUUCCAGCAUAAAAAUCACCACAGUUUCAUUGUCUGCACCUGAUGCCUUAAAAAUCAUAACAGAAAAUGACCAUGUUCUCCUGUUUUGGAAAAGUCUAGCUCUGAAGGAAAAGCAUUUCAACGAAAGCAGGGGCUAUGAGAUACACAUGUUUGAUAGUGCCAUGAAUAUCUCAGCUUACCUUGGGAACACUACCGACAAUUUCUUUAAAAUUUCCAACCUGAAAUUGGGUCAUAAUUACACUUUCACUGUGCAAGCAAGAUGCCUUUUUGGCAGCCAGAUCUGUGGGGAGCCUGCUGUCCUACUGUAUGACGAAUUGGGGUCUGGUGCAGAUGCGUCCGCAGCCCAGGCUGCUAGGUCUCCGGACGUGGCCGCCGUCGUGGUCCCCAUCCUUUUCCUGAUACUGCUGAGCUUGGCCAUUGGCUUUGCCGUCCUCUACACAAAGCAUCGGAGGCUGCAGAGUAGUUUCACUGCUUUUGCCAACAGCCACUACAGCUCCCGGCUGGGCUCGGCUAUCUUCUCCUCCGGGGAUGACCUGGGGGAAGACGAUGAAGAUGCUCCUAUGAUAACUGGAUUUUCAGACGACGUCCCCAUGGUGAUAGCCUGAAAGAGCUUUUCCUCACUAGAAACCAAAUGGUGUAAAUAUUUUAUUUGAUAAAGAUAGUUGAUGGUUUAUUUUAAAAAGA